GGAUAGUGUUAUUUCAGCCUUAUUUUAAGUGGUCAGUUUAAGUUUAGCUUAGUUUACAUUUAUUAAACACUAUGUCAAAACAGACUAGGCCUACAGUAUGCCAGAUAGCAUGAUCACCUCAUUGGGCCCAGGGGCCCCCUGAAGUGAAGGUUGGUGCCAGAAAUUCACUCAAUUGUCAUCCAUGGCUCACUCAUUGAUGUUGUCUGCAUGCAUAGUUGAAGUUAUGGGCUUUAACUCCAGGGCUGCUGCUGACACAGAUUUACACAAUAUAAAGUGAAGAAUAUAGUAAAAUACUUAAUAAGCUGGUGCAUAUCGAUGGAUAUUAAGAAACAUUUCUGUCAAAGUAAAAUGGAUAUAUUGAAAUUUUAUGCUAUUAAACCUGUUAGGUGGCUGAAAAAGAGGAAAGUUACUGUGAUUUUCGUAGCUGCAUGCUACAUGUUCAUCGUGCUGACAAUAACCCCUGAGCAAAAUCUGAGGACAGAGAAAUUAAUAGAUAUCCUGAAAGUACCUGUGAAUCACAAUAGAGUUAGGUCUAUGGAUAUAUUAACUGCUAAACAUACACUGGUUCCUAAUGACAAUUAUGAAAUCACAUCUAAUGUGAAACAUUUUGAAUAUAUUCAACUAAAUAUAACUUUAUCAUCAAGUUAUAUAGUUGACAAUAGUGAUGUGUCUUUAUCAAAAGGUUGGUGGUUGGUUAGGGAGGAACACUGGUACUCGAAACAUAAGAAUACCUUUACGGUACCUUGUAUAAGUGACCUACGUGCAAUAUACCAAUACAUACCCAUACGGGAAUCUGCACCUUUAAAAGGAGUGUAUUUUUCAGUGAAAAGCUCAAGUAAAAAGCUACUAGAGAGGAACACUACAGUCUUUCAUUAUAGCGCCAUGGCACUGUUAAAAUUUGCAAAUGGUUCAAACUAUACCAUUCAGUUGCAGUUUUCACCUAAAGGUGGUACACAGCAUCAGAGUGAUACCUACAUGCUGCCUAAAGAUGGUGCUGCUCUCUCAAGCAUUACGCUAUCUCUUGGGUGUUCUGGAUAUAAUGGAAAAGUCUCAUUUACGGAUGUAAAAAUUUCACCAAUUGUUGAUAACAUUACAAUGCCACUUGAUCUUAAAAGUGAGAACUUCAUCGUUGAAUGUCCAGAAAAAACAGCUAUUGUUUCAAAAACUAUGAAAUUUAGAAUCACAAAUUUUACAUUAAAUCCUCAAAACAUAAGCUCCGUGGAAACCAUCACACUUGUAACCCAAGCAACUAUUGACCGACUGGACAUGAUGCUUGAUAUCCUACCUUUCUGGAAUGGUCCGGUUUCCAUAGCAAUCUACAUCUCUGCAGUUUACAUUCACUCUGAUAUGCAAGAACGUGGUGUCAAUUUCGACGAGCAUAUCAAACAAAAAUUUAGAAAUGUCAAACAUAGAUGUGAAAUCACAAUUCUGUAUGGAGCAUACUUGAACGAAAAGUAUCCGAUAAAUACAUUGAGGAAUUAUGCAAUUCAAAGUGUCCAAUCCGAGUUUAUGCUACUAUCAGACGCUGACUUUUUGCCAUCAAUUGACUUUCAAAUAAAUGCCACAGCUGUGAUAAAACAACAUCUUCAAAGUGAUACUUGGAGACCUUAUAUUAACAAAACUGCCUUUGUUGCUCCUGCCUUUGCAUAUUUAAAGAAUCCUUUUAAAAAUCCUGACUUUCCAAAAUCAAAAUCAAAAGUGCGACAACUUUACAGAGAAGGCAGUAUCGAAACUUUUAAUGGCCAAACUUCAGAUAAUCAAAGAUCAACAGAAUAUAUUAAAUGGUUUUAUACAAAUUAUUCAUAUGAGGUUCAGAAAUACCAAGUUAAAUAUGAACCUUAUGUUGUAAUAAGAAAGCAUAGUGAAAUUCCCUUGUUUAAUGAAAACUUUGUGGCAUACGGCAUGAAUAAAGUUAGCUAUUUUAUGGAGUUAAAAGCUGCUGGCUACAGAUUUAAAGUUCUCCCAGAUUGUUGGGUCUCACAUAUACCUCAUAACCGGACAAGUGACUCAAAGGAGUUCAUUCGUAACCCAAUGGCUAGAUUAGAUAAUAGACUUCAGAGAUAUGAGUUCAUGGCAGAGUACACAAGAAAAUAUAAGCUUGGAGGAUGCACAGAACUUGAACCUACACAUUCGUAUGUUAAGAAACAGUCUAAUAACAGAAAGAAACACUCUCGUGAUAUAAAAAGAAAUGUUAAGAAACAUUCUCAUAAUUCAUAGAAACAGGCCUGUCAACUUGGGAACACCUAACAUGAGUGACUUGGAAAUGUUGAACACCUCCCCUCAAAAUGUGGACACCUUGGUCCAAAUCUGGACACCUUGAUUCAAAUUUUGAACACCUUGGUUUAAAUUUUAUUACAUCUUGCCAAAUUUUGAACACCUCAAAUUUUUCGCGCUCGCUACGCUCGGGGUUCAUACAUGCGUCAACGGGGGGGGGGGGGGGGGGGGGGGGGGGGGGGGGGGGGGGGGGAGGGGGGGGGGGGGGGGGUAGGUACGAAAAAUUUCGAACGGAAUGCGUGACAUAUACGUAAUUCGCGUGAAAAGUCCGAACGAAAUGCGUACAUUUUUUUCCGGCGUUCGUAUUUUUGCUGUGUAGACGAUCUUUUUUAGAAAUUUUUCUACAGAAUUAUUUUUGCUUGACAAUUACCAGGU